ACACCUCAUACUUACCUUGAUGGCACAUUCCUCUUCAACUACCUAGGAAUGUGGGCCGUGGGGGCCUCUCAUAGCACGGCGACCAUGUCCUCAGGGGGGCCUUGCGGUUUGUAUGGGCUUCGGCUCAUGCACCGUCUCAAUAUUUCCCUGUUCCACUUUGGCCCUCGGGCUGGGUGGGCGGUCACUUUUUUUUUGGCCCCUGCGCUCUCCUAA